AUGGACGAAGCUAUUGCUAAUAGUUUUUGGAAAUCCUUGGAUAUUAGUUUUUCUUUCUCUAAUUCGGUGGGAAGAUCAGGGGGUUUGAUAACUUUGUGGAGGAACGAUUGUAUGUCGGUGUUGAAUAGUUUUAAGGGUGAUGGCUUUUUGGGUAUUAAAGUGAGGUGGAAGGAUAAUCUUUAUUAUGUGGUGAAUGUUUAUUCUUCGUGCGAUCUCAAUAAGAAGAAAUCUAUGUGGGAUGAGUUGUUAGAAUUGAAGAAGAUUUUGCUUGAUGGAGAGUGGAUCUUGGGAGGUGACUUCAAUGCUAUCAAGAAUGGUAAAGAGAGGAGAGGUAGGAGGGCCAUGUUGAAUAAGAGAGAAGCAGAGUUAUUUUCAGAAUUUAUUUUCAAAAGUGCUUUGGUGGACGUUCCUUGUAAAGGAAAAAAUUUCUCUUGGUUUAGCGGAGAUGAGUGGAAAAGUUUGAAGGUGGAAGGAAGAGGAGACUUUAUUCUUAAGGAAAAACUUGGGAUACCCGGUCACAUCGCAGUGGACUCGGUUCAUGCGGCGGACAUCAUGUCUUUGAGGAGGAGUUUAUCGGCAUUUGAUGGGUGGGAGGAGGGAAAAGAUUCCGUGGUGUGGUUGGGAAACUCGGAGAAAGAGUUUUCGGUAGCUUCUUGUUAUGAAUUGUAUAAGAAAUUACUUAUUCCAUACGGCCCUCCUAUAAAAAAUGCGAAAGCUUUUGGCCUUUUGUGGGUGAUGGAAGUGCCUUACAAGAUAAAGACUUUUGGAUGGAGACUUCUUCACAAUAGGCUUCCGAUGAAAGAUCUUUUGGUGAUGAGAGAGGUGGAGGAUGCGUUAAAGGACUUUAACGAUCUUGAUAUUGAAGGGGAAGAUUGUGAUAUGGUGGAUGGGUCGAAUCUUGCUUCAAGAAGGUCGUUGGCCUCUUCUAGGGUGUGGAAUUCGAUUUACUUCAAAGAGAGUGUUCUUCGGCAGAAAGCUAGAUGUUUAUGGCUUUCAGAAGGAGACUUAAAUUCUCAUUUUUUUCACAAAGCAAUCAAACAUCGAGUUAGGAGAAAUUCGUUGUUGGGGCUGAAUUCACCUAAUGGGUGGAUUGAUAAGGUGGAUUUGGUCAAAGAGGAGGUUUGGUCUCACUUUGAACAAAGGUUUUCGGAAUAUUUGUUCUCAAGAUCUCUCAUGGAUGGGAUUCUCUUCACGUCUCUCUUGAGGGUGGAUGCUCAUAUUCUUGCUUUCGUUAAUGAGUUUCAUGCUUUUGCUUCUUUGCCCAAAGCGGUUACUUAUUCAUUUUUGGCUUUGAUUCCCAAGGUGGAUAUUCCAACUUCUUUGGAUGACUAUAUACCGAUUUGCCUCUUUGGAAGCAUUUGGGGGUUGGUGGUCAAUGAAGUGUUGGAUUAUGCAAAGAUAUUCAAGAAGAGUUUUAUGAUGGUGAAAGUGGAUUUCGAGAAGGCUUAUGAUUGUGUGUCUUGGGACUUUCUGAGAUAUUUGUUGCGUAGGAUGUGUUUCGGAGAGAAAUGGAGAAGUUGGAUGGAAGCACUUAUUUUUAAUAUUUCCAUGUCGAUUCUUGUGAAUGGUAGUACGACUAGAGAUUUUUUGGUUUCUAGAGGAUUGUGUCAAGGAGAUUUGAAGGAUUAG